CUUUCUUCACGAACGAUGUGACGAGUCCCGGACACGGUCAUGUCUUCCUUGGUCCGCCCGGCCGGUUCCGAGGAACCGUCGUUACAAACCAGCCAAGUGCCGGCACAGGACACUGUAGUCCUCCGCCGCAACCACACAGGCACCGCGGAGAGCAAGGAGAACCGGCGGAGCAUCGCGUACGAGGUCCCGCUGGGUGACAGCCCCUCGGACGACCCCUCGGAGUUCACCCGCGAGCAGGCCCGCCUGGACACGUACCGGGACUGGCCGCGGGACUGCCCGGUGCGCCCCGCCGACCUGGCCCGAGCAGGCUUCUACAGCCUUCACGAUGGGGACCGCGUGCGCUGUUUCGUGUGUUACCGAGUGCUGCGGCAGUGGUGUGCCGGGGAUGAUCCGUUAGAUGAGCACAGGAAGCACUAUCCGGACUGUCCGUUUGUGAGAGGAGAGGAGGUGGGGAAUGUGUGCUGUAACGGGGAGGUACCCACGGCGGGGACAUCCACCUGUAACGGCGGGACAGAGACAGCGGCACCAAAUGCAUCAGAAGAGGCGCCCAAGUUUCCCCAGAUGGUUGCUGAGACGCUGCGGCUGUCCACCUACCACACCUGGCCGCACACCUGGCUCACACCUGCCGAGCUGGCGCAGGCAGGCUUCUUCUACACAUGUAAAGUGAAGGGCGGCGACAGCGCGCGGUGCUUCCACUGCGGCGGCGGCCUGAAGAACUGGCAGCCGGGCGAUGACCCCUGGGUCGAGCAUGCGCGGUGGUACCCCAUGUGCAAGUUCGUGGAGAACAGCAAGGGGGCGCAGUUCGUGCAGGACGUGUUGAACAAGUACAAAAUAGGAGAGGAUGUUGCCGGGAAUGAGGAGUGCGGCGGUGGGGGGUCCGGGCGUGCCCACCGCCCGUCCAAGCUGGCCACGCCCACGUCGCCCCGGGAGAUGACCAUGGCCUGGAUGUCUCCCGGCUACGAGGAGCUGUCCGCUCCGCCAGCCGUUCCCUGGUUUGGCGACGCCGGACCGGAAGUGAACGAGAACCAACCCGCGCAGCCGCUGAACGUUCUGUCCGCCAUGGAGACGGAGCCCGCCAGAACGGUGGUUGCCAUGGGACACCAGCCGGACGUGGUGCAGCACGCCAUCUGGCGGCGCCUCGAGAACAACAACGCCACCUUCCCGUCCACGCAGGAACUGCUGGCCGUGGUGACGGAGCUGGAGGAAGAGUACCGGAGAGCGAGGGAGAAGCUAGGCGAUGGCGGGAACAGGCCCAGUGUGGCCGAGGUGAUGGACACCGAAGUGAUGGCCUCCAUCGUGGCCGAGGGGUACGACCGAGGGCUCGUGCAGCACGCCGUGUGGCGGCGGCUGGAGUCGGCGGGGCGAGGCUUUGGGACGCCCGAGGAGGCGCUGCACGCGGUCCGGUCCCUGGAGGAGGAGUACAGCCGCCUGAAGAGGAAGAAGCUGGAGGAACAUGAGAACAACACGAUGCAGUAUUCCGGAGGUGCGCCAGGGGGAGCCUCGAUGUCCAGUAACAGUCUACAGAACCUGGGGUACGCCACGGCGGGCGGGAAAGCGGCGGGUCUGCCAAACUGGUCGGUUUCGGGGCAGGCUGGGAACUUCUCAGGUGCCAGCAGCUUUUCUUCAGAGGGAAUUCCCCACGAGUUGCAGUCUGAGCUGGAGCGGCUUCGCGAGGAGCGGUGCUGCAAGGUGUGCAUGGACCGCGAGGUGGAGCUGGUGUUCCUGCCGUGCGGCCACUACGCCUGCUGCGUGCCGUGUGGGGAGGGCAUGCAGGAGUGCCCCAUGUGUCGGGCGUGUGUCGAGUCUAAGGUUAAGGUUUACAUGUCGUAACUUUAAGAUUUCUUUAAGCUUUCUUUCCGUGUAAUACUAAUAGCAAGAUUUGUACUGAAAGAUUGUUGGGAGGGUAUGCAGAAGUACCCUAUGUGUCAGGCAUACGUCGACUCUAAGGGUAAGGUUUACACGUCGUAACUUGAAGGUUUCUUUAAGUAUUCUUUACGUUUGAUUGAAAGAUUUGUACAGAAAGAUUAUGGAGAGGGCAUGCAGGUUGGCCCCAUGUGUCUGGCAUUCGUCAAGUCUAAAGUCAAGGUUUAUAAGUUUAUUGAAACAUCGUUGAGCUUCCUUUACGUUUAAUUGAAAAUUUGUACAGGAGAUUGUGGGUAGGUUAGGUAAGAGUGUCCCAUGUGUUGGACAUGCGUUGAGUCUAAGGUUAAAGUUUAUUUUCGUAACUUAAAGGUUUCUUUAAGCUAUCUUUACGUUUGAUUGAAAGAUUUGUGCAGAAAGAUUAUGGGGAGGGCAUGCAGGAGUGCCCCAUGUGUCGGGCUUGUGUGGAGCCUAAAGUUAAAGUAUACAUGUCGUAAAGUUUAUUUAAAAAUCUUUAAGCUUCCUUUACGUCUGGUUGAAAUAUUUGUACAGAAAGAUUUUUGGGAGGUUAAGCAAGAGUGUCUAAGGUCAAGGUUUACAUGCCGUUAAGUUUCUUUCGUUAACUUUAAGGGUCUUUAAGCUGUCUUUACGUAUAAUGGGAAGAUU